UUUUUUAAUUAAAAGAUAUACAUCCCAAACAGCAUAUAUCUGAGCAUGUUCUUCGUGGUCACCCUUCUCCUCACCGCCGCCAUCAUCCACUACUCCGCCAAACGGAGGAUGGCCUUCGUAAAGAAAGAAAAAUGUGGAAAAAGUUAACUUUUAAAUGUAUUAAUCUAAUGGCUAUAAGGGAGACCGGCACCAUAGCAAUAGGGUUCUGACUUCCGGAUGUCACCGUGCGAAGCAUUCACGCUCCGACGAGUGGCGUUUUCCGGUGACCCAUAAAUACAAGGUUUAUCUUUAGACUCUUCAAGUCUCAUAGUUGAACAGUUCAAUCCAGAAAAGUACUGAAAAUAUUUUAGGCCAUUUUCUUGGAGGUUUAUAUUGUUAUCUAAGAAGAUGCAUGUUUGCCAUUUUAUCUAUGGGUCCUGUGCCAAGUCAUAUUGCUUUCAUCAUGGAUGGGAAUCGAAGGUAUGCAAAGAAGAGAAACAUGGAAGAAGGUGAUGGCCAUAAGGCUGGAUUUACUGCUCUCAUGUCCAUACUUAGAUACUGUUAUGAAUUGGGAGUGAAGUAUGUAACUGUCUAGGCAUUCAGCAUUGCUAACUUCAAAAGGAGGCCUAAAGAGGUUCAGUCCUUGAUGGAAUUGAUGCGAGAAAAGAUUGAGGAGUUGCUUAAACAAGAAAGCCUUAUUAAUGAAUAUGGUGUUAGAUUACAUUUCAUUGGAGACAUGCAACUAUUGACUGAGCCUGUCCGGGUUGCUUUGGAAAAAGCAAUGAGAGUUACUGCCCACAACAACCAGAGAGUUCUUUUGAUUUGUGUAGCCUAUACUUCUCGUCAUGAGAUUGUGCAUGCUGUUCAAGAAUUCUGUAAGGAAAAAACGGAAUGAAGUUCAAGUGUCAAAAGAAGCAAAGCUUACAAAUGAUGCAUUUGCAAGAAUUGAUCUGGGCCUGAAAGGAAACGGUUUUGAUUUGCUUUUCCAAGAUUCAUGUAAAGACUAUCUAAAUGCAACCAAAGCUUGUAGUAGUGUACCUAACAGAGUGGAAGGUGCCGGAGAGAAAGAUGGCAUGUUGGAGCAUACUGUUGAAAAACAUAGCGGUAACAAUAGUGAAGCUGAAAUCACAUCAUGCAAUGAGAUGGUUGAAAUGACUGAAGAGGGUGAGGUUCCUUUUGUAAAACUGGUUGAUAUUGAGAAGAACAUGUACAUGGCAGUGGCACCUGACCCAGACAUCUUGAUCCGAACUUCUGGAGAGGCUCAGACUCAGCAAUUUUCUUCUAUGGCAGACUAGUACCUGUCCUUUGUUUGCACCAUCUGCACUUUGGCCUGAAAUAGGUCUAUGACACUUGGUCUGGGCAGUAUUGAACUUUGAGAGACAUCAUUUUUAUUUGGAAAGAAAAAGAAACAGUUUUAAAUGUAUCCUUAUUUGACCAAAAUUCAGAGUGUAGUUCCCAGUUUCCUUUACCUUUUUUGAAAGAAUAGUUUUUGCUUUUAUUGUUUUUUAUUUGUUGAAAAUGUAAGAGUUUAAGUAGCAGAAAGGGAUAAGAAAAAGAAAAUUUUCGAGUGA